GGAGCUCAGUUCAGAUCACACAGUCUAACCUUACAGUAGGAAAAUAUACUUUCUACGAGACACAAAGAUGAAUUUUCAGAGUUUGUGUCCGUAUGGACUGAGGAGCAUGAUGGAGUGUAUUUCCAGAGCGACACUCCUCUCUCAACCUACCAACAUCCCUGACUUUUUACUCCAGUAUGUGUUGGAGCUGAUCCGUUUUAGAAGAUCUCACCCUGAAGCUGAUCCCAAGGUAGUUUCUUUCCACUACCAGGAGCUGUGGGAGAAUAAAUUCCUGAGAAACACAAAGGGAACAACUCCAAUUACAGAGAAGUCUGUAACAUCACCACAGUUUCCAUCUCAGGCCGAGAUAGAGGAGGCUCUAAAGCAGCUGUCCUCAGAUUUGGCAUCUUCUACUGAAGAGAACGUGGUAACACGACUUCAGAGUCAAAAGGAGAGAUUGGGAACAAAGAAAACAACCGGAAAAGACAAGAAGCCCUCUGCAACUCCCAUUUACCCAACUCCACCUCCCCGUAUUGGAAGACAGUUUGGGAAGAACAUAGCUGCACAACCUUUCCUUGUUGCUAAAGCAGAAGGGAAGCCUGCUCUACCACCUUCGCACGAUGUCAGCAUGAAGACACCUAGAAUAUCCUCGGUGAGGUUUGCUAGUCUCCAGCAGAGUAAAGAAACCACUGAUGACAUCAAAAAAAGGCCAGAAACAUGCUGGCACAUACCGACACCGAUUCUUAAAAAAUCCUCAACACCUACAGAUGUGUCAGCAUCAAAGUCCAGCACGGCCAGUAAGCCCUCCAAACUUCCCAGGACCCCGGUGCCCAUAAUUACACAAAAGCUUGUUCUCUCACCUAUUCCAGGCCAGUUAUCUGUGGUCCAAAGUAAGGCUGUGUCCCCUAAACCCAGGAAAGGGUCAUCAAUGAAAAGGCAGGUGUUGUCAGAAAAGCCCGGCAGCAGGUCUCCAGCACACAGAGCACUGAGGCCAAUAAAGGCAGAAGCAAAACCUAAAGGUGCCAGUGGUCCAAGGCCAGAAAGCACUCAUGAACCAAGGGAACCAAAAACAGAGAGCACUCGUGCAGGAUGUACAACACCAAAGGUCCAGGAGCUGGGGAAGAAAAACUGGAUUCACCCCAACAGGUUUCUAGAGAGGACCAGAGGACAGAGGGUUCUGUGGGCAGAGAGGGAGAGAGUAAAGCCAAUUAGGACAGUUGGAAGCAUUCAGGGUACAGGCUUUAGUAGACCAGCAUCUGUAGCAGAGGGCAAAGACUAUUUGAAUCUGGCACCUGUUAGUUCCCCUUACCACACUUGUCCUCAUUUAGCGCAUGCUGUCCAUAUCCUAAGAUACAAGCGUAUGCAGGUAAGAGCCUCACCUUUAGGCCACAGUGGUCCUUCAUUAAACUCACAUCAUCACUGUGGAUUAUAAUGAGGACUCACAUUAACAACAGCCACACUAAUCAAUCAUUUCCAUUUCAUUCUGAAAUGAUUAAAUGUCAACUGUCAAACUUGCA